AUGCUCCGACUCAGUCGACCGGCUCGGAUACUCUCCAGACGAUAUGCGACGGUCGACAGUUCGCCACUGAUAGCUCGGCCACCUCCCGAUCCUCCUACACCUGCGAUAUCUGAGCUCGAUGCUCGCGUAUUGUCUCGGCUGUACUCAGACCACGGCAAGAACGUCGGUCUUCAGACCUUGGUUCAGCAAUACUAUGAUCGGUCCGGACGCACGCUGGAGCCUACCUUGCCCUACGAAUCUAGACCAGCUGAGGGAAGACGCGUAAACGUAGACAGCAGUGAUGAUAUACUUGUGCUGGUUCAUUGUGCCCGUGAUAAAGCGGAGCACAAGAUAACAUUGUCCUCUGCAUUUGCCUUGAAUGUGCCCGGCCUUCCCGAAGGCCAGUCGAUAGUCCUGAGCUGCUCACAUACGUUGGAAGAGGCAAGUGCGCACAUACCCCAACCGAUACCGAUUGACCAGGAAACCUCGCGAAGCUUCCAGUCCGGAUCAUUCGUCCUCUCUCGUGCAUCAGGAACGACGAAGUUCCACCCUGUAACGUCAAUAUCGUCGUCCUUGCACCACUCGGAUCUUCUGCUGGCCACGGUGACCGACAACAAUGGCACUCCGCGUUUACCCAAUCUCCCGAUUUCUCCCUAUCCCGCACACCCUGGGACUCCCGUACGUGCCCACUUUGUCACGUCCGCGCCGCCUGCGGGCGAUCCGACAUGGAUGCCAUGGAUCUUCGGCCUGUACAGCAAAUGGGUUUCAGGAACGAUCGUGGGAUACAGAGACUUUGCUGGACGUGAGGCGAGCCCCGGAACCGACGACGCCUUGACACACCUAUUAUUUCACCCCCCGCCCACGGCCGGAUCGUCGGGCGGGCCCAUUGUGGACCAAGAGAGCGGUGCCGUCGUUGGUAUUAUGCAAGGACAUCGGAUGGAUUACGCGUCUCGCGUAGAGGGCAUUAAAGGCUGGGGGGUUCCGAGCGAGGCCGUGUUUGAGGUCAGCCUUCCGUUUCCUUAUAUCCUUCCAAGGCUUAAGUUUCGAUCGCGGCUGACAUUCGUCUCCGUUACAGAUGUUCAGCCUACCCGGCCUGAAUCUGAAGAAAUCGUAGAUGGUGUACUACUAUUGUUUUUAGGAAGCAUACUUAACCUUGUAUUAUUUAUUUUGCAUUAUAUAGCCGUUGGAUCGCGUCACCGCCAGGAUGUCCCUCUCGUGCCAGUCCGCAGUGGCUGUGCUUAA